UCUCAUAGUUAUUGACUCAUCCGCAUUGCUUGGACUUGUAAGUGCGGGAAGCCUUGAAUUUUGCGCAUCUCAUACCCCAAAUUCUCACUUUUCACCGCCCAAUCCCAGUCAAUCCCAUCCACAAUCAUGUCCCUGACCAACGCCUCCCCCGUCGACGCCGCAAAGGGUGCGAAGUCGGCCUCCCACAUCCUCGCGACCCUCCCUGCCGAAGCUCGCAACGACGCCCUCACGGCUAUCCACGCCGCCCUCGCCGAAGCCAAAGAUGACAUCCUGGCCGCCAAUGCGCGAGACCUGGACCUGGCCCGCAAGGCUGCCGCCGACGGCCAUUUGAGCCAGAGUCUGGUGUCCCGCCUCGACCUGGGCAAAAAGGGCAAGUUCGAGGACAUGCUCAAGGGAAUCUUGGAUGUGCGGGGGCUCGAGGACCCGGUUGGAAAGAUCACUCUGAGAACUAAGCUGGAUGAUGGCCUCGUCCUCGAAAGGGUCACUUGCCCCAUCGGCGUCCUUCUCAUCAUUUUCGAGGCCCGCCCCGAGGUCAUCGCCAACAUCGCCUCCCUAGCCAUCAAGUCAGGCAACUCCGCCAUCUUGAAGGGCGGCAAGGAGUCCACCGAGUCCUUCAUUGCCAUCUCCAAGGUCAUCUCCGCCGCCCUCGACCGCUCCAAGGUCCCCAACUCGGCCAUCCAGCUCGUCACCACCCGCGAUGUCAUCCCCCAGCUCCUGGCUCUCGACCAGUACAUCGACCUCGUCGUGCCCCGCGGCUCCAACGAGCUCGUUCGCUACAUCAAAGAGUCCACCAAGAUCCCCGUCCUAGGCCACGCUGACGGGCUGUGUUCCAUCUACCUCACCGACUCCGCCGACCCCGCCAUGGCCGCCGGCGUCAUCGUCGACUCCAAAACGAGCUAUCCGGCCGCCUGCAACAGCUUGGAGACUCUGCUUGUCCAAGAAUCGGCCCUCGAGUCCGUCUUCCCCUCCGCUGCCAAGGCCCUGAUCGCAAAGGGCGUCACCCUGCAUUGUGAUGCCAAGUCCAAGGCCACCCUGCAGUCCAAGAUCUCCGGAGAGGCUGCCGCCAGGGUGGUUGAAGCCAAAGAUGCCGACUACGACACCGAAUUCCUUUCCCUUGAUCUCGCCGUCAAGGUCGUUGCGUCGCUAGACGAUGCCAUUGAGCACAUCAACGCCCAUGGUUCCAAGCACACCGAGGCCAUCCUCACCUCGUCGUCCGAUGACGCCGAGAGGUUCAUGGCGGCCGUCGACGCGGCCGGUGUCUACUGGAAUGCCUCUACGCGCAUGGCUGACGGCAUGCGUUACGGCUUCGGUACCGAGGUUGGCAUCAGCACCAACAAGAUUCAUUCACGCGGUCCCGUCGGCCUGGAGGGUCUCAUGAUUUACAAGUACAAGAUCAGGGGCCAGGGCCAAGUGUCGCUGUCGUACGGUGAGGCUGAGGGCCAGAAGCCUUUCAAGCACGAGAAGUUGCCGUUCUGAAAAGCGAAAGUACAAAAGAGCAUGGUCACCCGGCGUUAGUCAGGCGUUGCGGAAUUCAAGAAAUGAAACAAAUAAAAAGUUGAAUGAAACCACAUGUCCCCAAGGGCAGUUUUCAGACGACGUUCAGACGACGUUGUAAGUCCUGUUGUGGCUUGCUCUUCGUCACUGUUCGUCGUGACGGCGCUCGGCCCCACAUUGAUCGGAGGCCUGCCGGUUCGGGACGGCCCUGACGGUCGAGAAGUCGGGGUCUUGCUGUGUCGCUAUACCACUUGUCACAGGUCUGAGGAGCCCCGUAUCUGGUAGUUCAGCCAUAGCCUCAUACUUCCCGCUUUUUGUUUUGCUGCAGGAAUGUCUGGGCAGAGUCUGGGCAGAGUCUGGGCAACGCCUCCGGCUCAUCUGACAUACCUUUCUGCCCUUGGGCAUUUCGGAUACCGCGCGAAGAAGCUUGUCUCAACAACUUCAACGUGCUUCGAAAAGACACUCCUCAAAAUUAACCUUCAAGACAAUGUCACCUCAGGAAUGAUAAUGAUGACAUAAAAAUCAAUAUCCAAGAAUGCGAGAAAAGUGAACGAGAGGGAGGAAGAAAUUCAGACCAAUGACAGGGCGGCACUCUUAUUGCUGGACUCUAAGCGCCGCCCCUCUUCACCUGGCGCCCAAACGAGUUAGGGACUCUCCUCAUCCCUCUGGGCGGCCCCCAACGAUUGGACGGACCAUGGCCAAACAUCCCAUCCCUCCCCAUCAGCUCGAAUUAGAAGCAGAAUCAAUCUUUGGGUGAAGCUCUCUGAUGCCACUUACCCUACCACACUAUCAUAUGUAUGCAGGAAGACGGGAAGCUGGGACGCGAUGCGGCCACAUCUCGCGGCCACCCCCCGAGCCAUGGCA